AUGUCAUCAAGUGGAGGUUUAUCGAGGGAGGAGUUUCUCAUUUUGCAACAACAACUGAUUGCACUGCGUAACCGAAACUAUGAGCUCCAGGAAGCACUGCAGAAGAAGAACCAGGAAAUUUCGCAGCUCAGUUCACCCAGAUCCGAAGCUUUACAAUUUGCAAAUAAGCUAAUAAAUCGCCGUGACGGAAGUAAAGAAAAGGAAAUAGCCCAGAAAUAUGAAGCUGAACUGGAUGCGCUGAGAAUGAAGCUGACUUCUCAAGAAGAAGAAUUUCGGUUGCAGCAGGAGACUCUGAUCGCGGAAUUGAAUAAGAUCGUUUCUCAAAACGAAGCGCUGAACAGCGAACUUGAGCAUUUCAAGGCAGAUGGGUCGAUUUACUCCUCACCUCAAGCAGGAACGCCGUGUGAGCCACAACCAUCAAUUGUGGAAAAUAGUGAAUAUGCAUCGGUAGGGUCUCGUGAAGUUCUCACGGAAGCCUCGACAUCUUCCAGGUCCUCCGUUGGUAUUCAGUGCGACGGAUCUGAAACGCCCUUAUCGGAUGCAGGGAAGGAUGCAUCGCCAUGUGAACUGAUAUACGAAUCGAAAUCGUGUCAGGCUGACGAAGGGGUAAAUGUUCCGGAUUUGGAAAAUCAGCUGCUGGAAUAUAAGGAAAUGGUAGCGGAGCUUAGAAGUUCAUUGGAGAACCUGUCAUCCAAAAACGCGAAGACGUUAUCUGACGUACAAGAGAGGGAAGACAAGAUAGUGUCUUUGAUGGAAGAAUUGAAAGUGGCGAAUGAUAAUAUUGCUAAGAAAAAGGAUUUCAUUUCCCAUGCCAUACGUUCCAUAUCGAAGGUAACGGAUUGUAUUGGACACGAGCGUGUGCCUCUUCCAGAGCAGUGUACUGAUGAGCAUCUGCUGGAGAAAGAGAUACAUCUGAUUUUGAACUUCAUAUCGGAAAAUCAGACCGCGAUCGCUAAGGUCACUGAUGAAAAGACCGCUGUAGAGAAACAGUUAUCAGAGGCUCAGGCUAAGGUUGACGCUUCAGCAGCUAGGGUUGCUCAAAUGGAGGAGGCUCACAAAGCAGAGAGAGCUCGUGCAGACGAUGACAUUCACUCUCUCUCGGCAAAGUUGCUCGAAUUGCAAAAAGCUCAUGAUUCUAAGGUGGAGGCGAUGGAACGAGAAUCAGCUAAUAAUUGUGAUGAGGUCUGCUUGAGUUAUUGUUCGAGUGAACUUUCCUGA